AUGGAUAUUGAGCUAUACAGGGCUGCAAUAGAUGGAAGGCAGGAUUUAUGUGAGGCAAUGGGAGGCGGGGGUUCAAAUCAUGAGCAGGAGACAAGGGGUGAAAAGAACACUGUUCUUCACAUAGCAGCAGAAUCUGGGAAAUUACAGAUUGCAGAAGAGGAUGAUCAUCAUCCUGCACUGCGGUUUCUGUAUUACCAAAACACAAAAGGGAAUACCCCGCUGCAUAUUGUGGCAAGAUCAUGGCAUGUGGAAAUGGCAAGAAUUCUAGUGGUUAGAGCGGGAAGGAUGGAUAAUGUUCAACAAAAUAAGAAGUUCGUGAGCAUGAGGAACAAGGAGGAAAACACAGCACUCCACGAAGCUGUUCUUCACAAUCGAUUCGUGGUAUCAAGUUGCUUAUUGACGAAGAUCCAAAUUUGGCAUCUCUUCUCAACAGCUCCAAUGAGUCUCCUCUUUUUAUGGCUGUCCAUAGAAGCUUUUACGAUGUAG